AUGGAAAAUCCGAAAAAUCCGCAAUCAGUGAAGGAGGCAGUGGAGGCGUGCGUGCGGCAGCUUGGGAAGCUAAAUUUGUUGUCUGAGUUGCCUGAAGCCAAGAAUGAGAAUCCGUGCCCACCAUCCCGUUCCAAAUACCUGACGCAGCAGUACAUUGGCGCGGCCAGCCAGCCGCGGGAGGUGCGGCUGCGACGGCUGCUUGCCUACGGCGACGAGGUACCAAUUUACUUGCCAGGCAACCGCGAAAUGCGAUUGAUCAACCAGGAGAAUUCCGCUGUGAUCCUCGAGUGCGUCAAGGAAGCCGAUGAGCAGGUGGUCGAAAAUGAUACGAGAAAACCACCUUCUGGUCGGAAAAAGAAAGACAAAGAGCAGUGGGACAGCGAGUGGGACGAGUGGGACCGAAAAAUUAAGGAAGAAUACCCCCUUUUGCAAAUUCUAGAGGAAUAUUUGGACCCAGAAAAUGGAUGGGAGUUGCGUUUUUGCGCUAUUUACGUGCUGGCUGUUUGCGUGCGUACGCCUUGCAAGAAGAACCUGAAGAAUGGCUUCUACAGGCUAGCCGAGAAAUACGUCGAGUCUGAGGAAGACCUGUUCUUUUUCAUCAAAGUAGCGACCGCCUUUUUUGGCGAGGAAACUGAUAAAAAGGGGAAGAAGCGCGUCAGACGGGGGUACGGCCGCGGGAUGCGCAGACUUGUGAAGCGAUGGUACCAAAGACAGGAGCCAGAGGAGCUGCUAAAGAGAGUGCUUCACGUAAAGAGCCACUAUGGAUGGAAGCACUCGGAUCUGAUCAGAAUGGCACACGUCACAGGCGAAAUUGACAAAGAGGACAAUGCUGCUGGACAGCUGACGCCGCUUACAGUGGUUAUAACCUUCUUGAUAAACGGCUACAACAAGGCAAUGGCGCUCUGCCAGGACAAAUCAGAGUUUGGCCCAAUUUUGCGAGUCCUGGAGCAACACAACCAUAAUGGUUACAAGCGAGAGUCAGCGCCGGAAGUGAUCAGAAAAUUGCAAUUGAAAGUAGAGCAGGUGAGGACCGAGUGUCGGCAGGACAGUAUGACCUGGUUGGCGAUGUUGGCACACAUGUCCCCCUCCGAGGUGGUACACCGCAUAAGAAGCCUUUGGAAGGUGGAAAGUGCCGGAAACUCAAAUUUGUUGCUGAUGGUGGCUGCUAAUAGGCUGCGGGCCGCUGAUGAUGGCAUCCAGGUCAAUCCUUGCGCCGUCGCCAUCGCCAGGACAAAUUUCCUCAUGGCCUCUUAUUCCAAAAAAAAACAACAUGCCACUCAUCUUGAAUUGGGAAAAAUCGACUCCAUGAUCGUCAAGGCCCUGGAUGAACUCUUGACCAAAUCAAUCGAGAAAAUAGGACCAAAAAUUAAACGGCGAGUUGUGGCAGCGAUACACUUCGGCGAAGCGGGCAAGGAGCGAUGCGCCCACACACAUUCUAUGUCCGCUGAGUACGCCGCAGCUUUGAUUCUGCUCUCUCUGUCACACCAGUUUACAGAUUUUGAGCUCUUGUUGUUUGGCAGCAGGAAUAGAAUGAUCCCCGUCGAGUUCCCCGAGACUGGAUCGAUUAACAGAGUUUUGGAACUGUUUCGAGAGAAAAACGAUGACGACAGGAAAAAAAUCAACCCGAAGAUGGGUGCUCCGAUGUUGUGGGCAAAUACAUUAUUUGAUGUGAAUAGGCAGGUCGAUGCAUUUGUAGUUAUCACUCCGUCGCUCAAAUACUGGUCAGGGGACAUUAAGGGGUCGGCGCCCCUAACCGCCCUCAACGCUUACCACAGAACCCAGGCUGAAACAGGCAUGCAAGAGCAGAAACGUGCAAAAUUUGUCCUCUGCGCCCUUACGCCUAUGGUUAUUAACUGCGCGCAGCCGCCGCGUUCUCUGCACGCUAUGGACUUUACCGGCUUCGAUGUCAACACUGUUUUCGUUCUCAAAAAGUACAUUUGUGGCGCGUUCGACGACAUGAACGUGCUGCCGAAGGCGGAGUGCUAAAUCAACCUCUCAAAC